ACAAUAUUGCCUAUCUGAAGAUAGGCAAGAUUGUGAAAUUAAUUUAGGUUAAAGCAACUGUUUGCUAUUAAUCCAUAGGAACUACAACUUUAACAGCCUGUUAACUAUUGCAAUUUUGAAGGGUAACGAAAAUUUAACCGACCUUAUUGGUGUUACCGUUUCCCAGAUAGCAAUAGUGGUAUCAGCUAAAAAAACGUUUAAUAUAGGUGAAAUAAAAUAUAUAUUUGAAGCUUUUUAUUAAUUUUAUUUCUUCACGAAUGAUUUCAAUGUUACAUUUCAACGGUAUUUUUUCCACUAACCAAUUUUCCUCCCAUGGGACAGACUGCAUAAAAAUAUUAAUUAACAUCUUCCCACGUCUGCCUGUUUUGACAAUUUUACUAAUUAAUAUUGAGUUAGUAUGAAAAAAAUAUGAACUUAAUCAAUUGUAUUCCCCCGAUACAGGGAGUGGAGUGUUAACAAAGUAGUUUAUUAAAAUCCAACAUAUAUUGUGAAAAAGAUGGUUGAUCGAUAAGGGAUCGCGUGCCUGAAAAAAUGUCCCUUGUGAAAAAACACCUCCAGAAAACAAAAAACGCCCUUUCCUCAUUCAGUCUUCGAGUUCUUCUCUAUAAGCGAGUUGUCCUGAGAUAAUAAUUCAAAAUGAAUGGUACUUUUGCUGAAGACUUGGAUUCCAAUACCAAAAAUGGGAUAGAAAUGAAAGAAAUGGAAAUGAGGAAAGACAUUUUGAAACCUAGGAGAAAAUAUCCUGGCUUCAGGAAAAACUUCAAAUAUUACCUUCAAGAAUUCACCGAUUAUACUGGAAUACACGGAUUCAAGUAUAUGGGUGAACAGGACCGAUCCGUAUUCGAAAGAUUGUGGUGGAUUAUCCUGUUCUGCAUUUCCUUAUACGUGUGUAUCGAUCAGAUCUUCAAAACAUGGAUGAAGUGGGACGCUUCCCCAGUCUUAGUAAGCUUCGCUAGAAGCCCCACCCCUGUUUGGCAAAUUCCUUUUCCGGCUAUAACAAUUUGUUCAGAAACGAAAUCCAGACAGAGAAAGUACAAUUUUACUGAAGCUUACAAACAGUUUGUGAUGGGAAAUAAUAUGACUGAUGAUGAGCUGAAGAAGUUUUCUGAUAGUUCUCUGAUUUGUGACAAUCAUCUGUAUACAAGAGGAGAAAAAUAUACCGAACUGGAAACAAUCAAGUACCUUAUGUCGAUCGGUCCUCAAUUUGAAGAUGUAUUUUUCACUUGUAAAUGGACUUCUAUGAAUGAAAGCUGCUACAAUAUGUUUUACCCAAUGUUAACGGAAGAUGGCAUGUGUUUCACUUUCAACAUGCUGGAUAGAAGUGAAUUGUUCCGUAAAAAGGUGUUCAUGGAGGGUGAAUACAUGCAGCAUGGAAGGGAAUCAGAAGGAUGGACAUUGGAAAAUGGGUAUCCCAAAGACGCUCCUAUGGAAACUUUUCCUAGAAGAGCUCUAUCUGCUGGUUCUUCUGCUGGUCUUAAUUUAGUUCUAAUGGCAUGGCUACCAGAUUUGGACUAUGUUUGCAAGGGCCCGGUUCAAGGAUUCAAGGUACUCUAUGGGAAAAUAUUUCUUUUGAUACAACCAACAGUAUCAAUUGAUGAGAAUACAACCCGAAUUUGUGGAUCCGGAAGUCAGGAAUGUAUGUUUGAAGCAAAACAAGAACUCUUGAUAAGAGAAGUAGAAUAUGGCAUAUCCAACUAUGAAUCCGAAAGAAGCAGUUCCUCCCCUGAUUGCGAUUGCCUUCCCGCGUGCACUUCACUGACUUACAACGCAGAAUAUUCCCAGGGACAUUAUGAAUGGGAAAAAUUGUUCCAAGCAUUCCGAGUGAAUUUCAGUGAAUUUCCUGGAGUUCAGAUGACCAGACUGACGAUAUUCUUCAAAGAGCAACAGUUCAUAACUUCAGAGAGAAACGAAUUGUACGGCCAGACCGACUUUCUUGCUAACUGUGGAGGUAUUUUGGGAUUAUUCACAGGAUUCUCGGUAUUGUCGAUCAUCGAGAUCAUUUACUUUCUGUCACUGAGGUUGAUGUGCAACGUCAACAGACACGGAAGACGAUAUUGGUCGGGAUCUGCCAAACUUUUGAAAGAUGCUAAAGUGAAUGAUUAGGUCCUGUAGAAUUCUAUGUAAUAAUUGUAAUUUGUAGUGCAAAUACUGUUGAUCAAAAUGCACAACAAAGUAAUCACAGGAAUAAUAAAGACUCUCAUUUUGGUAACGUAACAUUAUUUUCAUAACGAUACAGAAAUAUAUAGAAACCAUAAAAAUAUUAAAGGAAUAAUCCAAAUUUCAAUGCUUUCGAUGUUGGGGUUGGAUUUGUAUUAUUUCCAUCACGUUUGUUGUCGUUGUCCGAUGUUUAUAGAAAUAAUAUACUGUAGAUUUUCCUGUAUCUAGAAAUAAAUAUACUCUUUAGAUUUAA